ACCAACAGCUCACUGGCAGAUUGUCAGUAUUUUAACAGAGCACAUCAUGCGUGAGUACAAGCUAGUGGUCCUUGGUUCAGGAGGCGUGGGGAAGUCUGCUCUGACAGUUCAAUUUGUUCAGGGAAUUUUUGUUGAAAAAUAUGACCCAACGAUAGAAGACUCCUACAGAAAGCAAGUUGAAGUAGAUUGCCAACAGUGUAUGCUGGAAAUCCUGGAUACAGCAGGGACAGAGCAAUUUACAGCAAUGAGGGAUUUGUAUAUGAAGAAUGGCCAAGGGUUUGCACUAGUAUAUUCAAUUACAGCUCAGUCUACAUUUAAUGACUUACAGGACUUGAGAGAACAGAUUUUACGGGUUAAAGACACAGAAGAUGUUCCAAUGAUUUUGGUUGGCAAUAAAUGUGACCUGGAAGAUGAACGAGUAGUUGGCAAAGAACAAGGCCAGAAUUUAGCAAGACAGUGGUGUAACUGUGCCUUUUUAGAAUCUUCUGCAAAGUCAAAAAUCAACGUUAAUGAGAUAUUUUAUGACCUGGUCAGACAGAUAAAUAGGAAAACACCAGUGGAAAAGAAGAAGCCUAAAAAGAAAUCAUGUCUGCUGCUCUAGACCUGAAGUCCGCAGCAGCUCUGAGCCAGAUUACAGGAAUGAAGAACUGUUGCCUAAUUGGGAAGUGCCAGCAUUCCAGACUUCAAAAAAUACAUCUGAAGAGGCUUCUCCUGUUUUAUAUAUUAUGUGAAGAAUUUAGAUCUUAUAUUGGUUUGCACAAGUUCCCUGGAGAAAAAAAAAAUCGCUCUGUGUAUAUCUCUUGGAAAAUAAGACAAUAGUAUUUCUCCUUUGCAAUAGCAGUUAUAACAGAUGUGAAAAUAAAUAUACUUGACUCUAAUACAAUUACACAAAAGAGCAUGGAUGCAUUUCAAACAUUAGAUAUUACUACUAUAAUCAAAUGAUUUCAUAUUGACCUUUUUAUCAUGAUUCCUCCCUGUCAAGCACUAAAAAGUCAAACCAUUAUACUUUAUAUCUGUAAAUGAUAUAGAUUAUGAAAUUUCCCGUCAAACUCAUUGCAGCAGAUAACUUUUUCAAGUCAUUGACUUCAUUUUAUAUUUAAAAAUUAUGAAAUAUCAUCUGUCAUUAUAUUCUAAUUAAAAUUGUUGUGCAUAAUGCUUUGGAAAAAUGGGUCUUUUAUAGGGAAAAAACUGGGAUAACUGAUUUCUAUGGCUUUCAAAGCUAAAAUAUAUAAUAUACUAAACCAACUCUAAUAUUGCUUCUUGUGUUUUACUGUCAGAUUAAAUUACAGCUUUUAUGGAUGAUUAAAUUUUAGUACAUUUUCAUUUGGUUUGUGUCUUUUUGUUAUUGUUUAUAGAUUUAACGCCUUUCUUUUAUAAUGACCACACUGUUUAAAUGCAGCAGUAGCUCCUCUGCCUGGAACCUACAGAACCCUUGGCUUUACCCACACCUACUGGUGAUUCCUCUAGGAGCAGACCUCGCACUUCCUGUUCUAGAUCACAGUGAAAUACGUCAGAUUUCAUAGAAUAGUUUUGUAUAUUCUCUCGAUCUUAAGAUUGUAUCUUGUUGAAUAAAAUAUCCCAUUGUGUAUUAUUUUUAUAUGUAAAAUGAUAGUUUAAUACUGUAUCAGGGUUUAACUUUUACUAUUUCAAAUCCUCCAUAGCUUGUGAUUUCAUCAAGGGAAUCCUUGGCCAUUGUUAAUUUCUUGGUAUGGGUUCACCAAUGAAGUAUAUAUGAAAAUUUUUACCUUGCUUUAUGAUAAAUUAAAGAACUUGAGAGAAGCAAGUAAAGGUUAAAACCCAAAGGGGUGUGUUACUUUUGCUUUGAUUGUAUAUGAAAUAGUAUAAUAGUAAUCAUAUGAAAAAGACUGCUAAGUUAAUAUUUUAGCUGGCUAGAUAGUGGUGCUUUUCUUUUCCUUCCCAGGUAUUUGCAUUUUUACAAAAGGUAGGGCGUAGGUAGGACAUAGACCCAGGGUGUCAUUACCAUAUGUUCUUCAUAGAGGUAGAGCAAAUGGCUUCUUAGCCAAUCACAUGCUGGAGAAGAAAGCAGCUUGCAAGCUUAGGAAACCCUGUGCCUUGUCCCCGAAUAUUCAGGAGACCAGUCCUAGAAAGUCAAUAAUUUGCUCAGGGAUCUAGAUACUGUCUCGUUGCAGCUAUGUGUAAAGAAGUGUUCAUGCCUCACUGAAAUUUGCCAGGCAUGUGGACAGCCCAUCAGUUUCUAAAUUGGAAUUUAAAAGUCAGCUUUCAUAUGUGAGAGCUGACCAACCUGAGGACAUGUUAAAGAUACUGUUUGAAAAAUUUGGAAAUUGUACUCUUUGGAGUUUCUAAUAAACUUAGUGAUAUGACA